UCCUUCUCAGCUUCUCUUGAUUCUUCUUAUCAGGGAAGAAUUCUUGAGAUCUCUCUGUGUACUUGUAUAAAUCUUGAUUUGACACCACUUUCUUGGACAGGAUGCUUCCACCAAUCCAUAGAACUCUUGAGGGAUUAGGCUGUUAAUCUUAUCGGUCAACAAUGGCGUCCCAUUUGCUCCACGGUAAGCUUAAUGUGAGAAUAUAUGGGAUUGAUGCUCUGAAGUACCCUAGAGGAUUAAGUCUUUUGAGCAAGGCUACUGGGCCAUCGCAGAUCGCGAAACUAUUCAUAGCCCAACUCAAGAGAAUAAUACUAUGCCAAUCUGAGAUGAUUGGUUCAAAACUUUAUGCAACAGUUGAUCUAGACAAAGCAAGGGUUGCACGGACCAGAAUGAUAAGAAAAAAAGGCUCGGAGCCUAUCUGGAAUGAGAGUUUCCACAUCUAUUGUGGGCAUUUGAUCUCAGACAUCAUAUUUACAGUCAAAUAUGAUAAUCCUAUCGGGGCAACACUAAUUGGAAGAGCUUAUAUUCCUGCCCAGGAUGUCAUACAAGGGGCUGCAGUGGACAGAUGGGUUGAUAUCUUAGAUGAAAACCAUAAUCCCAUCCCUGGAGGUUCUAAAAUCCACGUUCAGUUGCAGUUCUUCAAUGUUACCCAGGAUAGGAAUUGGUCUCAGGGGAUCUCAAAUCCUGGAUUUGAGGGAGUUCCUUACACUUUCUUCAGCCAACGAGAAGGCUGCAAGGUUACUCUAUACCAGGAUGCCCAUGUCCAAGACGAUUUUUCAUUGGUCACUAACCCUCCUAGCCAACCUCACAGAUGCUGGGAGGACAUCUUUGAUGCGAUCAAUAAUGCAAAACACUUGAUAUAUAUCACUGGAUGGUCUGUAUACACUGAAAUAACGCUGAUAAGAGACCCCAGAAGGCAAAAGCCGGAAGGUAACCUGACACUUGGACAACUGCUCAAGAAGAAGGCUGACGAAGGUGUGGUAGUUCUUAUGCUUGUCUGGGAUGAUAGAACUUCUGUUAAGGAACUGAAAAGGGAUGGUUUGAUGGCAACCCAUGAUCAAGAGACAGCUGAUUACUUCAAGGGUACAAACGUGCAUUGUGUUUUGUGCCCGCGUAAUCCUGAUGAAGGAGAAAGCACUAUUCAAGGCUUUGAAAUUUCUUCCAUGUUUACUCACCAUCAAAAAACUGUAGUUGUUGACAGCGAAUUGCCUCGUGAAAGAUCAGGCAAGCGGGCAAUCGUCAGUUUUGUUGGCGGCAUUGAUCUCUGCGAUGGGAGAUAUGAUACACAAGACCAUCCCCUGUUCAAGACUUUAGGCACAACCCAUCGUGAAGAUUUCCAUCAGCCAAAUUUUGCAGGCUCUUCGAUCAAGAAAGGUGGUCCAAGGGAGCCCUGGCAUGAUAUUCAUUGCAAGCUAGAAGGUCCUGUUGCAUGGGACGUCUUGUACAACUUCGAGCAGAGAUGGCAGAAGCAAGGUGGAACCGAUUUCCUGAUCCCGAAAAGCAAGCUUGAUGAAAUCACGAUUCAACCGUCACCAGUUACAUCAUCAACAGACCCUGAAACGUGGAAUGUCCAGUUAUUCAGAUCCAUUGAUGAUGGGGCUGCUGCUGGCUUUCCUGAAGCACCUGACGCCGCGGCCAAGUUAGGUCUCGUCAGUGGAAAGGACCGAACCAUGGAUAGAAGCAUCCAAGAUGCUUAUAUCAAUGCUAUCCGACGUGCGAAGAAUUUUAUCUAUAUUGAAAAUCAGUAUUUCCUCGGAAGCUCAUUUGGCUGGAAAUCAAAAGAUAUCAAGGUCGCGGAUAUUGGUGCUUUACAUCUCGUACCAAAAGAGCUCUCGCUGAAGAUCGUAAGUAAAAUUGAAGCUGGGGAAAGGUUUACUGUCUACAUUGUAAUCCCAAUGUGGCCAGAAGGUAUACCUGAGAGUGAAUCUGUUCAAGCGAUUUUAGAUUGGCAAAGGAGAACAAUGGAGAUGAUGUAUUCUGAUGUUACUGAGGCUCUUCAAAGAAAGGGGUUGGACGCAGAUCCCAGGGAGUAUUUGACAUUUUUCUGCCUUGGGAACAAGGAGACAAAAAAGGCUGGAGAAUAUGUACCUACAGAGCAACCAGAUCCUAAUUCUGAUUAUGCUAGAGCUCAGCAGGCACGGCGCUUCAUGAUCUACGUUCACGCAAAGAUGAUGAUAGUGGAUGAUGAAUACAUAAUAAUUGGCUCUGCCAACAUUAACCAGAGAUCAAUGGACGGCGGGAGAGACUCUGAGAUUGCAAUUGGAGCAUUCCAACCCCAUCAUUUAGCUACUCCUUUUCGGCCAACCGGGGGUCAAAUAUAUGGUUUCCGCAUGGCACUGUGGCAGGAGCACCUUGGACAUAUUGACAGCGGUUUCCAGUUUCCAGAAAGUCAGCAGUGUGUUCGAGUUGUCAAUUCCAUAGCUGACAAGUUAUGGGGUAUGUAUGCAAGUGAUUCCCCUGAGCAAGAUCUGCCGGGUCACCUGCUGCGCUAUCCAAUUCAAAUCAGCAGCACUGGAGGUAUUACAGCCAUGCCAAACAUGGAGUUUUUUCCUGACACAAAAGCUCGUGUCCUCGGCACCAAAGCUGAAUACCUACGUCCUAUUCUAACCACCUAGCCGGUGGCAUAUCUAAUCUUGAUAUCUGAACACUGAACUUAUUAUAAAGAAUGAUGACCAAUAAUGGUGUACAUACUGUUUUCUGGAAUACUAUUCCUUCAGAACCUUUCCAAAUAAAAUUUCAAAACUGUUAAAUUACUCCCUGAUUACAAAAGAAUGAAAUCUUUUAUGGAUAUCCUGCUUUUCUUA